AAAAUCAUUUGUACUGCUCUGUUAAAAGUCCGUCCCUACUUUGCUCUAUGAGACAUAAGGAAGUAGAUCUGACACAUAGACGAGCGAAAGAGUUUCUUUAGCCUCUCAUCAACAUGCCCCUUUUAAAUGGAAAUCAAAAUGGCAAAAAAGAAGAAAACUUUGCUGGAAAGAAACUCAGAGCCCUUCCCUAUGAGCUACUUCAGAGGGGUGGAGAUGCAGUCAAGGUAGAUCUACAGAAAAACAGACUCAAACAGAUCACUGGUAUCAAUCAGCUGAAAAACCUGACGGAGCUCAUCCUGUGCAGGAAUGAGUUCACUGAUUUCCCUGUGGACAUUAGAGGGUUACACCAGUUGGAGAAACUUUAUAUCCAUCAGAACACUAUCAAAACCAUUCCAGAAAAUGUUUUUCCAUCCUUGGAGAAACUUCGAUUUCUAAAGUUGAGCACCAAUCGACUUGAACAGCUACCCCAGGACAUAAACAGGUGCCAACAUCUCAUCUACCUAAACCUGUCCAACAACUGCCUGAGGGAUUUGGAUCCUGUUGUGGGCCUUUCACACCUAAAAGAACUUUAUGUCGAGAGGAACCGGUUAGCUGACCUACCAGAACUACUCUUUCAAAACAGUAGCUUAACUCUGUUCAAAGCUAAUGGUAACCCUCUUAGAAAGCCCCCUCAGGAGGUGUGUGCAGGGGGAUUGAAAGAUAUCCAGAACUACUUUGCGAUGCUUGAGGCGAACGCCCCAAAUCAGAAAACUGUGAAGACUAUGUUUCUGGGGAACUCCAUGGCAGGGAAAUCCACUCUGUGCUGUAGUCUGAAGCAGGGUUGCUCUGUACCAGUGGACAAGGAUAAUCGUACGGUAGGGAUCGAAAUCAGUGAAGUCGAUAUUGAGGGUAUUCGUUUUAUCUUUUGGGACUUUGCUGGACAAGAGGAAUACUACAUCACCCAUCAUGUGUUUAUAACAGCUCAAGCCUUUGUCAUACUUGCCAUCAACCUUUCCAGUUACAACAUGGAUGCCCAGAGUUUCAAGGAGAAUGUGGGAUUCUGGAUCAAAAAUCUUCAGGUUAGGAUACCAGACUCAGUAGUUCUGCUUGUGGGCACUCAUGUUGACCAAUGCACAGAUGAGAAUGAUGUGAAAGAAAAGAAAAAACACAUCAGAGACCAGGUGAAUGAAAUGGUUAAAACACAUAUAGCUAAUUUAGAGCAGCACAAGAAGAACUUCCAGGAUAAGGAGGAUUCAUCUUUGUACUAUGACCAGAUAAAUCAGAUUGAAAGACUGAUUGAGUACAAACUAAAGGUACUUGACCUUGUACCUAUAGAUUGCACGAAAAAGGAGGACAUUGUCAAGCUAGGUGAUCAUAUCAAAAGUGUGGUUUUAAACACAGAUACAUUCCCCAGCAUAGAACAGACAUUACCUAGAAGCUACUAUGAGGUGGAGAAGGAUAUCAGAGAACUUCUGAAAAACGGUGACAUUGCUGAGCAUGGAAUUGUGAGUCAGACCACACUCUUGUAUGAUCUGAAGAAAAGACAUAGUACACUGGACGAUGAGAAACUUAAGUUAAUUCUUCAGUAUCUCCACCGAAUUGGAGUCAUUAUGUGGUACAAGGAAAUCCCAGAAUUGACUGGUUCUUUGUUUGUAGAACCACCAUUCCUCAUCUCAUUGUUUAAGGCUAUUGUGAGGCAUGACCUAGUGCUGGAACUGAACAAGAUUUCCUCUGCACAGCUGAAAUCAGAAAAUGCGCUUACAGUACAAAAGAAAAGAUGGAUCAGCGACUAUAAAUACAGAGCAUCCUUAAACAAUGUGGCUAUCAGGAUCCUAGUGCGUACUGAGCUCCAGAAUACAUAUCGCAUUACUGAUGAAGAUCUAAUUGAGGAGGUGGUUGGGUCCAAUAAGAAGGAAGGAAGUCUCCUUUCACUACUAAAACACUUUGAUGUAUGCUUGUCGACCAAACAUAACAGUCCUCUCAAUCCAAAAGCCAACGAAUUCUGUCCGAAGACAAAAUGGGUGGCCUCAAAUCCGAUUGUGUAUGAGCCAGAUGCUUGUCUGUUCCCAAGUUAUCUUCCAGACAACAAACAGGUAGAGCAAAAGUGGGAAUCAGACAAUCCAGAGGACCUAAAUAUCCAUGUUUACUUCCUACCUGAGAUACCACAUGGUUUCUUUCACAGGCUUGCCAUCAGGGCAUGCUCCUUAUACUCUCCAUACUGGAUCGGAAAAGACCAGUGUAUGCUGUGCUGUGGUGACAGACGGUUUCUACUCAGAGAACGCCGUGAGGAGGACCAGUUUAUCGAGAUCCGCUGCAAAGAGAAUGAGCUGGAAACUUCAGAAGACAUCCAGAAAGCAUGGGAAGUGAUAAGGAAGAUUAUGAUACGGCUGAACAAACUGACAGAACAGUGGCAAGGGUUGUGCCUGACUGUCCACACUCCCUGUAAAUCCAGUGACUGUGACGAAUACUUUGAAUGGAAUGACUGGCAAGAAUGGUUAGAAGAUUCAGGGACAAGCAAGUUUAAUAUAGGACUUGAGGAAAAACAUACUUGCCCUAAUGGACACCAACGAAGGACGGAGUUGCUGUUCCCUAGAACUCCUGAUGCUUCGACCUAAAGACAGGGCAUAUGGAACAAACAAUAGCACUUGAGUUGAUGUGAAUGACUGUUGAAGACUAGUGUCAUUCCUUAAACAUUGUGAAACACAACUUGAAUAUUUACGUACUGUAAUUAAUUAAAAUACCAACUUGCACAGACAAUAGCAUUGUAAUGUUUCCAGCACAUUACAUAAAUUGUAAUAGUUCCAAAACUAGCCUAUAUAAUACUUACUAUAAUUAAUGUAUAUUUCUUGACUGAAAUGAAGGGAUCCAAGAUUAUUUUAGGGAACAUAGACAAGUUUUGUGUGGUGGAUAUGUUGUCUUGUAGAAACAUAUUGUCACCGCUAGGGGGUGAUCGUUAUACAUUUAUGUUCCAAGGUUUUUUUUUUGGUUUUUUGUUUUUGAGGACUGUUUGUGGAGAGUAAAAUAUUGCUGCUGUGGAGUCCAGGCUUGAACAUGUAAUGAAUUGUUCAAUAAAGUUAUACAGAUACAAAAGUAUCAUUGGGUUUAC